AAAGCAAGCCCUGCAGGCAGCGACAGUAGUUCAUUACCGGAUGAGCUGGGCUCUGAGCCAAAGCGGACUUUGCCUUUUAGGAAGGGCCCAAAUUUUACCAUGGAAAAGUUCCUGGAUCCUUCACGUCCAUACAAAUGCACCGUGUGUAAGGAGUCGUUUACUCAAAAGAACAUUCUCUUGGUUCACUAUAAUUCUGUUUCUCAUUUACACAAGUUGAAGAAGGUUCUUCAGGAGGCCUCCAGCCCCGUUCCACAGGAGACCAACAACAGCAUAGAUAACAAACCCUACAAAUGCAAUAUUUGCAAUGUUGCUUAUAGCCAAAGCUCAACAUUGGAAAUUCACAUGAGGUCUGUGCUGCACCAGACCAAAGCCAGAACUGCUAAAUUAGAAAACAGCAGCAGCAGCAGCAGCGUCACAAGUGGAAACAGUGUAAUGGCACCAGCCAACAGCCCAGUUUCUGCCAACCAAGGAACUGUGGAAUCUGCAUCUUUAUCAUCAAUCAGCAGCAAAGAUAACAAUGUAGAUGCCAAAGAAGUCACUAAAAAGCAAACUUCUGAUCUACUUUCAGCUCAAGCAUCACAUCAGCCUCCUCAGUCACCAGCACAACUUUCGAUGCAAUUGCAGCACGAGCUACAGCACCAGGCAGCUUUCUUUCAGCCCCAGUUUCUUAACCCAGCUUUUUUACCUCAUUUCCCAAUGACCCCAGAGGCUUUGUUGCAAUUCCAACAACCUCAGUUCCUUUUCCCAUUCUACAUUCCCGGAACAGAGUUUAGCCUCAGUCCCGAGUUAGCUUUGCACUCGGCCACUUUCGGGAUGCCUGGAAUGACCGGAUCAUUACUAGAAGACUUGAAGCAGCAGAUGCAACAGCAGCACCAGAUGGGUCAGCUGCAGCUCCUACAACAGCAGCCUUCUCAGCCUCAAAUCCAACAACAUCUUCAGAAACCGUCAUCUCAGGCUAACAAGCUGGCAAAAGUCGAGCAUACAAAUGUGGUGACAUCUGAAAUUUACAGCUCCAAAGACCAUGAAGAUUCACCGGAGAAAGUAGACAGCAGAAUGAAGCCAGACUUUCAAAAUGACAGUGAAACUGCAAAAGAAAACAAAGACCCCAAAAGGCAGAAAAAUCUUGAACCACUCUUACCUCCUCCUCGGAUUGUUUCUGGAGCAAGGGGGAAUGCCGCUAAAGCCUUACUAGAAAACUUUGGCUUUGAGUUGGUCAUCCAAUAUAACGAGAAUCGUCAGAAAGGCCAGAAAAAAGGAAAAAGUGUUGACGAAGAAAUCAGUGACAAAUUAGAAUGUGGGACGUGCGGAAAACUGUUUUCUAAUAUGCUCAUCUUGAAAAGCCAUCAAGAGCACGUCCAUGGUCAGUUUUUCCCAUAUGGUGAGCUGGAAAAGUUUGCCAGGCAGUACAGAGAUGCUUACGAUAGACUGUAUCCCAUUACACCAUCGUCUCCAGAAACUCCUCCUCCUCCUCCUCCACCACCUCCUCCUGCAUCUUCACAGCCGUCAUCUGCCGGAGCUGGAAAGGUCCAGACACCAGCAUCUGCGCCAGUUCCAUUGCAGGCACCACCUCCCCCACCUCCACCUCCACCACCUCCGCCUCCACCACCACCUCCAGCUACCCCAGCCCAGGUCCAGCUGCCUGUUUCGUUAGACCUUCCUCUUUUUCCUCCUCUAAUGAUGCAGUCAGUACAGCACCCAGCUUUGCCUCCUCAGCUUGCCCUUCAGCUUCCCACAAUGGACUCCUUGUCUGCAGACCUUACACAGCUUUGUCAGCAGCAGCUAGCCUUAGAUCCAAACUUCCUAAGACAUUCUCAAUUCAAAAGACCACGCACCAGAAUUACAGAUGACCAGCUGAAAAUUCUACGAGCCUACUUUGACAUUAAUAAUUCUCCCAAUGAAGAACAGAUACAGGAAAUGUCUGAAAAAUCUGGUCUCCCACAAAAAGUUAUCAAGCAUUGGUUUCGCAACACUCUUUUUAAGGAGAGGCAACGAAGCAAAGACUCUCCAUACAACUUCAGCAUUCCACCCGUCACCACUUUGGAAGAUGUUAGGAUUGAUUCUCAGCUGAGUAGCCUGGAGUACUACAGAACAGAUGCAACCAUGAAUAAGAGGUCAUCAAGAACAAGAUUUACAGAUUACCAGCUUCGGGUCCUUCAAGAUUUUUUCGAUACAAAUGCUUACCCAAAAGACGACGAAAUCGAGCAGCUGUCCACAGUUCUAAAUCUUCCCACACGGGUGAUAGUUGUCUGGUUCCAGAAUGCUCGACAGAAGGCACGCAAGAGUUAUGAGAACCAGGCGGAUGCCAAGGACAAUGAGAAAAAAGAGCUAACAAAUGAGAGGUACAUUCGAACCACUAACAUGCAGUACCAGUGUAAAAAAUGUAACGUGGUGUUUCCCCGCAUUUUUGACUUAAUCACUCAUCAGAAAAAACUGUGCUACAAAGAUGAAGAUGAUGAUGGACAAGACGACAGUCAAACGGAGGAUUAUAUUGAUAUCAGUGAGCAUGUGUUUUCCAAGCAUCCACACUUUUCAGGACAGCCAGAUUCAUCCAAGGCUAUCAUUGGAACCACCAGCUCCGGUUCUGGCUCCAGCACUCCUUUGAUGCCUUCUCCAAAGCCUGAAAUUGGGAAAACGUCACCAAAACCUGAUUUUCCAAUAGACAAACCAAAGCAAGCCGAGAGCGUUCCAAAUUCCCAAGGGGUUAAACAUAUAAACUCCUCUGAAUCUCAGCCACCCCAACCAACAACACCUCAACCUCAGCAACCAAAACAACCCCUGCAGCAAAUUACUAGACCUCAUUCUCAGCCACUGAGUGCGGCCGUCCCCUCCAGCCCACUGCCCAUCACCAUCGCCUCUUUACAGAAUAGUCUACCUCCUCAGAUGUUACAGUACCAAUGUGACCAAUGUAAAAUUGCCUUUCCAACUGUAGAACUGUGGCAGGAGCACCAGCACAUGCAUUUCCUAGCAGCUCAGAAUCAGUUUCUUCACUCACAGUUUUUAGAGAGACCAAUUGAUAUGCCGUACAUGAUCUUUGACCCCAACAACCCCCUAAUGACUGGGCAACUCCUAACUGGUGCUCUUUCACAAAUGUCAUCUCAGACCAGUGCAUCCCUGUCCACACCCACUGGUCCAGGUUCAGGUUCAAUGAAACGAAAAUUGGAUGACAAAGAGGAUGGCAGUUCUAAUGAAAAAGAUGGCGGAAUCAGCGGUGAAGAUCAACACCGUGAUAAACGGUUGCGAACCACCAUUACGCCAGAGCAGCUUGAGAUUCUGUACGAGAAGUACUUGCUGGAUUCUAAUCCAACAAGGAAAAUGCUGGAUCAUAUAGCUCGAGAGGUUGGCUUGAAGAAGAGAGUGGUGCAAGUGUGGUUUCAGAAUACUAGAGCUCGAGAGAGAAAAGGACAGUUUCGGGCAUUGGGUCCAGCCCAGUCUCACAAAAAGUGUCCAUUCUGCCGUGCCCUCUUCAAAGCCAAGUCUGCCCUUGAAAGUCACAUCCGUUCACGGCAUUGGCAUGAGGCAAAGCAAGCGGGAUACAGCUUACCCCCAAGCCCCUUAAUAACAGCAGAUGAUGGAGGUGAAAGCCCCCAAAAGUAUAGCUUCUUUGAAUAUCCGAUUCUGCCGAUUACAAAAAUGGAGUCCAAUGACUGUGAGCUGCCAGCUGCAACUUCAACACCAAGUAAGCCUUCCGAAUUGAGCAUGAAAAACUUUCAAAACCUUUCCUCCAUUAAGGCAGAGAACAGUGACGAUGUUGAAGGCCUAAACAUGAAUUCUGCAGAUAUGUCCUAUGACCAGAACAAGAUGGAUUUUGAUGAAACGUCAUCCAUUAAUACAGCGAUCAGUGAUGCAACAACAGUGGAUGAAGGAAAUAAUGAGGUUGAAAGUAUAACUGGCAGUACAAGUGAAAUGAAAGCCAUGUAUUCUCCAACAGACCCCAAAACACCAAUAUCUGUCGACACAAAAACCAACCCAACACCAACCUCUGAGAUGUGUGAUGAACGUUUUCCCUUCUCUCUAGUUAGUCCAUCUUUGAGUUUCUCUGGGAGAGACAGCGACCAGUAUUAUAGCCUGAAAGAUGAUGAUCAAGAUGAUAAUGAUCAAAGUGAAACGUCCAGUUUAGCAGACCCAAGCUCACCAAGCCCCUUUGCAUCUAGUAAUCCCUUCAAGUCAUCAAAGUACAGUGGAGACAGGCCUGGACAUAAGCGAUUUAGAACUCAAAUGAGUAACCUGCAGCUGAAAGUCCUUAAGGCAUGUUUCAAUGACUACCGGACUCCAACAAUGCAAGAGUGUGAAAUGCUUGGUAAUGAAAUAGGGCUGCCAAAAAGAGUUGUCCAGGUCUGGUUUCAGAAUGCACGGGCAAAAGAAAAGAAAUUCAAAAUUAACAUCGGAAAGCCAUUUGUGAUUAGUCAAGGAGGCCCAGAUGGUCCCAGGCCAGAAUGUAGUUUGUGUGGUGUGAAAUAUACAGCUCGUCUUUCUAUUCGUGACCACAUCUUCUCAAAGCAGCACAUUGCAAAGGUGCAAGAAACUUUAGGAAACCAGUUGGACAGAGAGAAAGAUUAUCUUGCUCCCACGACUGUCCGCCAGCUGAUGGCUCAACAGGAGCUGGAUCGCCUGAAGAAGGCCACCGAUGUUCUAGGCUUGACAGCUCAGCAGCAAACAGUGAUUGACAGCAAUGCACUACACGGUCUUAGUCUGCCAACUGCAUAUCCAGGGCUUUCGGGUCUUCCACCCGUUCUCCUUCCCGGAGUGAAUGGCCCUUCAUCUCUUCCUGGUUUUCCACCGAAUACACCAGCUUUAGCAUCCCCCGGUGCUGGCAUGCUUGGGUUUCCGACUCCAGCCACCCCUUCUCCUGCUAUGUCUCUCAGCAAUGCUCCCUCCAAGAAUUUCCUGCAGACUCCUGCUCCCCACACACCUCUGACAAGCCAGCAGACUGAACAGCAGAACAGAGACUUGGAGAAUGACAAGAAGCUCGAAAAGGUGAAGAAUGUUCGCGACCGAGAAGU